AUGGACCCAGCAGACUACGUUUUUCAACCGCUCCUCCACCCGCUCGACCCGUUGGCGGACCUUAUGUCCGCUGCUUUCCGCCGCAUGUAUGAGGAGGAUCCCACAGACACCUGGCACCUCAUGUUGGUACGGUGGGAGGAGGUGGACGCGGAGUUUGGUCCCCUCCCGGAGUCGGAGGAGCAGGCAGCACACAGCACCCCCCAGGCGGACUCCCAGCCAGCGCUGCCGGUCACCACGGACUUCCAGCCGGCGUUGGUUGCCACUGUCAAGUGCCCCCCAGGAGCCGUCGCGGUCACUGACCAAACCCCCCAUGAGUCUCCGCCGGCUAGCCUCCCCAAGAGGUCGAGACGAUCCCGCGCUUCCCGGAGGGCCGCCGCGGAGCCCCAGCCGACGACUGCCGCCAACGAGGCGGACCCCCAGCCGCCGACUCCCCCGCAGGCAGACCCCCAGCCGCCGGCUCCGCCGACGAGGCGGACCCCCAGCCCCGGCUUCCGCCGACGAGGCAGGCCCCCAGCCGCCGGCUUCCCGCACGGCGGCCCCACCGGCCGACCCAGCCGCGCGGUUCCCGCCGACGAGCAGACCCCCAGCCCCGGUUCCGCCGACGAGGCGGACCCACAGCCGCGCCGCGAGCGACCCCCGCCGCCGGCUCCGCCGACGGGCGGACCCCCAGCCGCCGCUUCCGCCGACGAGGCGGACCCCCAGCGCCGGCUUCCCGCCGACGAGGCGGGCCCCCAGCCGCCGACCCCCAGCCGCCGUUCCCGCCGACGAGGCAGACCCCCCCCGCCGCCAGCUCCCGCCGACAGGGCGGACCCCCAGCCGCCAGCUCCCGCCAACAGGGCGGACCCCCAGCCGGCGUCUUUAGAGGCGGAUGCCCAGGGAGUGUGCACUGGACAGUCCUCCCUGGGAUCCGCCUCAGACCCCCAGCGGUCACCCGGUCCCCCAGACCAGCCGACUGGCCCCCCAGACCAGUCGACUAGACCCCUGGACCGGCCUACUGGCCCCCCUGACCCAGACCGGCAGCCCAAACCCUCAUACCCUGACCGGCCGACCGGGCCUCCUCACCCAGACCGGCCAACCGGCCCCCUAGACUCAGACCAUCCGACCGGCCCCCCUGACCCGGACCGGCUGCCUGGCCCCCUAGACCCUGACCCGCCGACCGGCCCCUUAGACCCAGAUCUUGACCGGCCGACUGGCCCCCUAGACCCUGACCAGCCAACCGGCCCCCUAAACCCAGACCCUGACCGGCCGACUGACCCCCCUGACCCAGACCAGCCAACCGGUCCCCUAGAUCCAGACCAGCCGACCAGUUUCCCAGACCCAGACCAGCUGACUGGCCUCCCUGACCCAGACCAGUCAAUUGGCCCCACUGACCCAGACAGGCCAACCUGCUCCCCUAACCCAGACCACCUGACCAGACCUCCCGACUCUGAUCAGGGGCCCAGCAUUUCUGACCCUUGGCUGGCACUCGGUGGUCCUGCCCCCCGGCCGACGGCAACAGUUUCUGGCCCUCAGUCGGAGGUCGGUGCCCCCGACCGCCAGCCGGUGUCUGGGCCUCUGCCCUCUCUAGGCACUGGCUCCCGGGGUCCCCCUGGUACCGGUUCCAGGUGUCCCCCGGGACUCAGUCCCCUGGCUUCCUCAGGUCCUGGCCUCGGUCCCAGGUCCUCAGGAACCCCGGCCCCCCAUGUCUUUGCUUCUCCUAGUCCUAGUCUCCCUGUCUUUGUCACUGUCCCAGUCUUUGUCCCUGUCCCAGUCACCGCCUCUGUCCCUGUCACCAUUCCUGUUCCCGUCUUCCUUCCUGUCCCUGCGUCCAACCCGUCCAAAUUUGUUCCUACACCUAAGCCGUCUGUAGUCUCACCGUCUCCGUCCGUCCCACCCAAAAUUGUACCUGUAUCCGACCCGUCUGUCUCCAUGCCAUCCGGCCCGUCUCGGUCCAUCCCCCCUUUGUCCAAGUCUGUCCCAUCUGUCCUUGCCAAGCCGGUCCUCUUCCGUACGCCCUCUAAUGGGCUUCGUAGUGCGCCCCCCCGUGGGCUUUCUGGUUCUAUUUGUGGGCCUUCUCGUGUUCCCAGUGCGCCCCCCAGUGGGCCUUCCCGUGUUCCUAGUGCGCCCCCCAGUGGGCCUUCCCGUGUUCCUAGUGCGCCCCCCCGUGGGCCUUCUCGUGUUCCUAGUGCGCCCCACCGCGGGCCUUCUCGUGUCCCUAGUGCGCCCCUUCGUGGGCCUUCUCGCGUCCCUCGUGUGCCCCCCCGUGGGCUUCAUUGUAUCCCUCGUACGCCCUUCCGUGGGCUUUCUCGUAUCCCCCGUGUGCCCUCUACCGGGCUUUUCCGAGUGCCCCUUCGUGGGCUUCGUCGAGCGCCCUCUGGUGGACUUUUCCGUAUGCCCACUCAUAGGUUCCCUAGUGCGCCCUCUCCUGGGCACCCUCGCGCCUCCUAG